AUGACGACGCUGAAGGCCACAUCCCACGGGGACCUGCAGAGCUGGUCUUUGGGGAAGACCCCGGCGCUGGACGGGGGGCUGUCCAAAUCCUUUUCCCUCAGCAACAGUGGCACCGCUGCGGGCCGCUUCCCCCACAGUAAAGACGGAGCGGAGGAGAUCCAGGAGCUGGGCAGGAUCUCCAGGCCCUGCCGUCGCCCGGUUCGAGCCGUCAGACCCGUCAGCGCUCUCAGCCCCAGCGCCUCCUUCCUCCAGAUCAGCCGCCUGCAGGGGGAGCUGGUGAGGAAGAGGAAGGAGUGUGAUGAGCUGAAGCAUGAGAAUAAGUAUCUGUCCAAUGAGAUCCACAUGGAGAGGAUAAUGAUGAGGACUGAGAGUGAGCUCACCAUGAGGAACCUAAGGAAUCUCAACCAGGAGCUACAGGCGCAGGUCAAAGAGCUGAAGCUGAAACUGCACCAAAGCCAGCAGAGGGCGACGCUGUGCUCGCGGGCGGCGGAGGAGGCGGACGCAUCGCGGGGCGAAGCAGAGAAGGGCCGGGCGCUGGCGGAGGCGCGGGCGAUCAACAGCAGGCAGGAGAGAGAGCAAGUACUAGAGGAGAAGGCCCAACUGAGUGACGACUUCAUGCAGCUGAAGAACAGGCAUGCAGACCUUCAGCUGCUCCUGGCCAAAACAGAGAAAAAUUACUUUGAGACAAAGAUAAAACUGGACAGAGCUUCGUCAGAGAGACAGGUGCUCCUGGAAGAAAACCAAGGUUUGGAGAAAGACAGAAACGACCUGCGGAAAAAUCUGAAGCAGCUGACAGAGGACAAUAGUAAACUCAAAGAGAGGGAGGCGAGUGCCCGGCACAGGGCGGUGGAAGCGGAGCAGCAGGCUGAGCAGGCCGGCGAUGCGCAGCGCGAGGCGGAGCGUGACGGCAGGCUGGCUGAGGCGGAGAGACAGGACAGCGCCACAGAGUGCCAGAGCUGGAAACAGAAGCAUCAGGCCCUGGCCGACAUCUUCAGAGCCCAGGAGGACCUGAAGGCCCAGAGACAGAAUAAAGCAAGUCAAGCCAACAUCAAGAGCUACUUCCUGUGCAUGACCGAAAGCGACCAGAGGGUGAAGAUCUUGAAGAACCAGGACGGAAGCCCCCGGAACUUUACGGAAGGUGACCCCGUGUACAUUUCCUCGCCGGACUCUGGGAGCGAGGAGGUGGGAAGGAGCCCAGAGAGGACCAUGUACAGGGUGGUGGCCCCCGGCACAGGGAAAGGAUCAGGCCCUGCCCACUUCAGCGAGCUGUCCCCCAUUGCAGCAGAGUCACCAGACAUCACCCUGCCAAGGAGGAGCAAGAAGGUGGUGGAGUACUUCUGGCUCCCUACAGAUGACGAAUGAGGUCACAGCUCUAUGGUUACUCAAGGUCUGUGGAAAGGUUCCAGUCUACCGGUUAAAUAUCCAACCUUGUUUGUAGUGCAGCUUAUUGUACAUGUUUGUU